GACUCGUGUCGUCAUCAAUGUGAGACGAAACUGGGUGAAAGGGUUUUUCAGCCAGUCGUAGGGUGAUUGGGGUGAAUCUCUACGUUGAAGAUGAACCUGAACAAACUUUUUGGUUUGUCAAGAUCUGUCAGUCUUGGGCGAAAUGUGUUCGCUGCACGAGUCGCGCAAAAAAGAGAUUGUCUGCUUCACUUUCAGUCGCGGCGCUCCAUUAGAUCCAGUGCGAGGAGUUUGACUUAUGCCAAAGAUCUGUUCCUGGGCAAAGUCAACAAGGCCGAUGUCUUUCCAUACCCAGAAAUCAGCAAAGAAGAAUUAGAGGAGCUGAACCAACUUGUUCAGCCUGUGGAGAAGUUUUUCAAUGAAGAUGUUGAUUCUAAGAAGAUUGACCAUGAGGCCAUGAUUCCUCCUGAGACUUUGAAUGGACUAAAGGAGCUGGGGCUGUUUGGGAUCCAGGUACCUGAAGAAUAUGGCGGUCUGGGCCUCUCAAACACCAUGUAUGCCAGGUUAGGAGAGAUCACGUCUUUAGAUGGGGCUAUUGCAGUCACACUUGCAGCACAUCAAGCCAUUGGUCUGAAGGGUAUACUGAUAGCUGGAAACGAUGCUCAGAAAGCAAAGUACCUGCCCAAACUAGCAACAGGAGAGCAUAUCGCAGCUUUCUGCCUCACUGAACCUGGAAGCGGCAGUGAUGCUGCAUCUAUACAGACACGUGCCACGCUGACAGAAGAUGGGAAGCACUUCUUGCUCAAUGGCACAAAGUUUUGGAUUUCCAAUGGUGGCUGGGCAGACAUCAUGACUGUGUUUGCCAGAACUGAAGUUGUUGACAAAGACGGUCAAAAGAAAGAUAAGAUCACAGCUUUCAUUGUAGAGAGGGCAUUUGGUGGUGUCACCAGUGGCAAACCUGAAGACAAACUGGGCAUCAGAGGCUCAAACACCUGUGAAAUCACAUUUGAAGACACCAAGGUGCCAAUUGAGAAUGUAAUUGGUGAAGUCGGGGGUGGUUUUAAGGUUGCCAUGAACAUUCUGAAUAACGGGCGCUUCAGCAUGGGCAGUGCAGGUGCAGGGAUGAUCAAGAGGCUGAUUGAGUUGACAUCAGAAUAUGCAGGCACGAGAAAACAAUUCAACAGGAGCCUUUCUGAGUUUGGAAUGAUUCAGGAUAAGUUUGCUACCAUGGCACUGAAUGCGUUUGUGAUGGAGAGCAUGGCUUAUCUCACUGCUGGAAUGAUGGACCGACCUGGAGUCCCGGACUGUUCUCUGGAGGCUGCUAUGGUCAAGGUCUUCAGCUCUGAGGGCAGCUGGAUCUGUGUGAGUGAAGCCCUGCAGGUUUUAGGAGGGCUUGGCUUCACCAAGAACUACCCCUAUGAGCGCUACCUCAGGGACUGCCGUAUCCUCCAGAUAUUUGAGGGCACCAAUGAGAUUUUGAGGAUGUACAUUGCACUUACCGGAAUGCAGUACGCCGGAAAGAUACUAACAGGAAAAAUAAAGGAGAUGAAGAAGGGAAAUGUGGGGGUGGUGUUUGAGAUUCUGGGAAAGAAAUUGAAGGACUUAGUAGUGAAGACGGUGGACUUUGGACUGACUGGCAAAGAUGGCGUUGUGCACCCCAGUCUGACGGAGAGUGCCAAAAUGUUUGAGCAGAAUGCUGCACACUUCGGCUCCACUGUAGAAAGCUUACUGUACCGGUAUGGAAAGACAAUCGUUGAUGAGCAGCUUGCGCUGAAGAAAGUUGCAGAUGUAUUAAUUAACCUCUACGCCAUGACAGCCGUCCUGUCCCGGACCAGUCGCUCCAUCAGCAUUGGCCUGCGCAACCAUGACCAUGAGGUGCUGCUCACCAACACUUUCUGCAAGGAUGCUCAUUUCAAGAACAACUUCUUGUUGACUCAGCUUCAAAAAAAUUCCCCAGAGGACAACGAUGCCAACACAAAGAAGAUCGCCCAGGAGGUCUUAGCCAAGAGGGCGUAUGUCUGCUCACAUCCUCUCGACAGAACCUUCUGACAUGUCUGACAGGCUUCCCACAACCUUGUGUCUCAGUUUAACCCAACAAAAGUGAGAGUAACUGCUGUGAUAAUUAAAUAGACUUCUCAGAAUAUGCAGUAUUGAUUGAGCCUCACUCUUCAAUGUUUUAGUUCUUUUUAUAUCAGUUUUCUAUGACAUAUAGUGUCACCUAAGUGCUUCUUAAUAUUCGUCGAACAACAUAAAAUGUGAACACAAAAGUGAUUUUGAAGCAAUACCUUUAAUGCACAUGUAAGGUGAUGUCUUUGUUGGUUCUCAUCUCUGUGAUGUUUCUGCUGUGUUUGAAGUAGGCAGUUAUCAUAUGUGUCUUUGGGGCUUCAGAAGGUUUCUGGAAGGAGUGUGUGCUUUUCUCUUCAUCUGUGAGUGCUAAAACACUAUGCUUGUGGAGGAAUGAAUGUGGCCUCCGGUAAUCUCUGUUAAAAAAUCUAAACGUUAAUGUCAGAGCAGUUUAAAAUGUGAUACAUUUUUUUCUCAGUUCUGCACCGCAGUGCUUCCAGAACGUUCUUUUUGUUUGUUUCGACAACUUAUAUAAGUAGUGUGAAUGGUUCUUUCUCCUUUCCAAGUUGGGGUGCAGUAAUUUAGCCUAUUAUUAAUUAUUAAAACAGUACAAACUGAAGCACAAGGAUUGUGUCUAACCUGAAGUGGAAUUUGCUGAACUGGGAUGAGUAUCUUGGAAUUGUGUUUUUGUCCCAGCUCAGGCUGUGGUUCUGAAAGGGUCCAGGAGCAAAUGGAAUAUUGGCCUCCCUCUCUGCUGAGCCAGUCUUUUCAGAAGACUGGACCACAGAAAUAACAGGAAUGGACUGAGAGAGG